CUCGAGCAGACAGAAGCAGGAGGAGACCAAGACACCGGCCAUGGCUUCCGACGACCUCUUCGAGGGCCUACCACCUCCCGCCGCCGCCGCCGCGCCGGCCGCCGGAGGAGAGCGCGCGCCUUCACCAUCGCCGCCUCCGCCUCCGAGACUGCCCGCGCUGAAGAGCGCUCUCAAGCGGGACAAGCUCUCUUCCUCAGAUGCUGCCGCUUCCUCACCCGCUGCCGCCGCCGCCACGGAUGCCGCAGCCGAAGGACGUGCUCCUGAGAAGCGACUUAGGUUUAGAACUACUGUUGAUGCCUCAGAAACGCAAGUCAUUGAUGCUAUGCACAAGAUAACUUCACACAUACGGAAUCCUUCAAAAUUCAGCAAGGCAUCAAAACUAGCUCUACAGCUUAUUGAGGCUGGGAGUGUCAAGCCAGGGACAAUCAGUCACUUCUUUGCUAUAUUAGAGGCUGCAAUGUCUUCACCAGGAGCUUGUAAUGAGCCUUCUGUACGUGCUGAUUACCAGGCUUUGUUUAAUGCAGCCCAGGGUGUAACAGAGUGUUUCAACCAACAACAGAAAAAUCAGUUUGAUAUAUGGGUGCUGCAUGCAGUGGUGGCAAAUGAUCUUUUUACGGAUGACAGUUUUGUGUUCUCAAAGGCUGUAGGGAAGAUCAAAGAUGCCAUCUCAGCCCUGCCAAUCACAACAGUGGAUGAUGACAAUGAUGAAGCAGCAGCUCUAGCAGCUGUUGAAAGUAAUAACACAGAUGAUAACCCGCAAGCUGCGGCAUCCAACUCGUUGCCAGAUGAUAGCACUCAUGCUGCAGCCUCCAACUCAAGUGAGGAAUCCUCUGAUCCUUUUGGUUUGGAUGGUCUACUUGAGCACAAGUCAAAGAAGUCUGAAAAGGCUCGAGAGAAGACGGUCGCCGCUCUAAAUAGGAAAGCAGAUGAGGAUGAAUCAAAGAGAUUUCUGAAGUCACAACGAGAAGCCCUCCUGAAAUGUCUAGAAAUAGCUGCUCGGCGCUAUAGGAUUCCGUGGACACAGACCGCCAUUGACAUCUUUGCGAAGCACGCCUACGACAACAUGAACCGGUUCACGACGCAGCAGAGGGACGCCAUCACGAAGCUGUGGAACUCGAUCAAGGAGCAGCAGAUCAGGCGGAAGCAGGGCAAGUCGGUGAGCGGGAAGCUUGAUGUCAACGCGUUCGAGUACCUCCAGGAGAAGUACUCCCAUGAGAAGAUCAGCAUCCGCCAUGCUGUAGGCGGUGGCGGUGAACGGCGCGCCACUCAGUGGCUCGGCUAAAACUACGAGGUAAGGUUGCUGUCUGCUGAUGUACACUGGUGUGAGGUCGCUCAGCGGAAGAAACUGCAAGAAACUCGAUGAUUAUUCCACAACGACGGCAUUCAUUUUGAGAUGUUGUGUACAUCAGCAUGGGUUGUGAGUAUGUGACAUAUACGGAUGAUGCAAUUGCUUGGAAUUUUGAUGGCAAGAAUGCGAUUUAUACUUUGAUGAUAUAGCUGGGCAGCUGGCUGGCUAUGUACAUGGGUACGUUGUCAUUGAUGGAUCUCCAUUCUUGUGAUCUCACCUAUCUUGUAAACUUGUAGUAGCUGAAUGAGAGGAGAAGAAAGAAAAAAAAAAACUCCCAUUGGGAUGGA